UGGCUAUGACGUCACGAUUGUACACCUCGUGAAAAUGGCAGACACAACGCUCUACGAAGUGCUAGGCGUUUCUAAAACUGCCUCUGAUGGAGAAAUUAAGAAGUCCUACUACAAGUUGGCCAAGGAAUUUCAUCCUGACAAGAAUCCUGCAGCAGAAGAUAAAUUUAAAGAGAUAAGUUUUGCCUAUGAAGUUUUGUCAAACCCAGAGAAAAGAGAGACCUAUGACAGGUUUGGGAUGCAGGGACUCAAGGAAGGAGGUGGAGGUGGAGGAGGAGCAGGCUUCUCAGACAUGUUUGGUGAUUUGUUCGGAGGAAUGUUUGGUGGUGGUCCAUUUGGAGGAAUGGGUGGGAUGGGUGGAAUGGGAGGUCGACGUGGCAAAAGAAAGGGAGAGGACACACUUCACCCCCUCAGAGUAACACUUGAAGACUUGUAUAAUGGAAAAACUUCAAAGUUGCAAUUAAGCAAAACUGUGAUCUGUACGAAGUGCAAUGGAUCUGGUGGAAAAGAAGGAGCCACGCACCGCUGUAGAACAUGUAAUGGGCGCGGUGUUAAAGUCACACUUCGACAGCUUGGCCCUGGCAUGGUACAACAAAUGCAAUCUGUAUGUCCAGAGUGUCAUGGAGAAGGUGAGAUGAUUAAUGAAAAGGACAAGUGUAAGGACUGUAAAGGGAAGAAGGUGAUCAAUCAAACAAAGAUCCUGGAGGUCAAUGUGGACAAGGGCAUGAAGAACAACCAGAAAAUCACCUUCAGAUGGGAGGGUGACCAACUGCCUGAAAUGGAGCCUGGGGAUGUUAUAAUUAUGCUGAAGCAACAGGACCAUGAUUUGUACACACGUGAUGGAGAGAAUCUCUACUGUACUCACAACCUUAGUCUUACAGAAGCUCUCUGUGGUUUUCAGUUUACACUGAAACAUUUAGAUGGUAGAGAUUUACUCAUCAAAAGUCCCCCCGGUGAUGUUAUACAUCCAGGAGCUGUAAAGUGCAUAAAAGGAGAAGGAAUGCCUUUAUAUAAGAGCCCAUUUGACAAAGGAGACCUUUUAGUGAAGUUUGAUAUCACCUUCCCACCACAGAACUUCGCACCAGAACACAAGUUAGAGAAACUCGAGAAACUUCUCCCUCCUCGGCCUAAAGUAGAAAUCCCAACAGGUGAUGAUGUGGAAGAAGUGAACUUAGUAGAUUUGGAUGACACCAGAGGGAGUGGUCGUCGUGGGGGAAAUGAGGCAUAUGAGGACGACAGUGAUGAGGAAGGUGGUCCAGGGGGACCCAGGGUUCAAUGUGCACAUCAAUAACGCACAGACGUUUAGUUAUAUAAUGAGUGUGUGGAUGGAUAUGAGGGAGAAAUGUAAAAGAGUGUGUCGUCGAAAGUAGAAAGGGAAGUGUCAGGCAAGUCUUUGACUGCCAAGGUUCCAAUUUCAUGAGAAAACAGUCUCAAAAUCAAUCAAAUCUGAUUUAACUGGUAAAUCAAAGGUCUUAAUUUAAUCAGUAACUGAGAGGGAAAUGGCUUUGCAUUUGAUUUUAUGACUGUUACUUUUUGACAUUGUAACCAUACUUGAAAAGAUCAAUUUUACUGUUGUCAGCUGUGUUUUGAAUAUUUAUGAUCUAUACUUGUAAAUGUGAUGAUGUCAUUACGUAUAUUAUGACUUUUGAAGUGACAUUUUUUAAAGAUUGAACAACUCUUUAGAGUCUGUUUCCAAUACAUUGAAUAUAAAAUGUUUCUUUUAUCAAGAUUCUAUCAGUGCAUUUUAACAAUUUUUCUGGUAGCCCCAUUAAUUUUCAUUCAUCAUUACUUCAUGUAUAUUUUGGUUCAUGAAUAAGUGUGAAGUUUACUCUGUAAACGUCUACAUGCAUGACAAUUCCUUUGUAAUCAGCUACAACACUCCUUUGUAUACACGGAGAUCUGAAUAUUCUAUGAUUUUAGACUAAAGCAUGCUGAAAAGCUAACCUUGUACAUCUAAACUGCAGUUAUAUUUCAAAUUAAAAAGUGAACAUUAAGCUUAAAAGUGCGAUUAAGAUAUUAAACUAAAUAAUCUUGAUAGGUUGUUCCUUAGAAUUUGAGGUGUUUUUUUCCAAGCAGUUUUGCUAUGACAUUAUUCUAUGAAUGCAUUCAUUUAUUUACGAGUUGUGAAGUGUGAUCAUGCAUCUGACAAUAGUGAUUUAAUGUUCCAUACUGCUAUUCAUGUGAUUAUUGACAUAGCUUACAGCAAUUUAUAGACAGACAAGCUUAAGGUUGCUACUGAUUUAAAGCGACAUUUCUUCAUUUCUCUUUGAAACUAUAAGAAUAUUUCUAUGCAUUCCUGACAUAUUGAGAAUGACUUUGAAUGAUGACUAUCUUAAUUCCAAAAUGUCAUUGAUGAUUAAUGUUAAUUGUUAUUAAUGUAUAGAUGUUUUAAACAAAAACACUUGGAGACUACUGGAAAAAGUAAAAACAAUAUUUAUUCCAUGAGAGCAAAGCACCAAGGCAGACAGUUUGCCUUUAGGAUUCCUGUUGAGCAUCAAUCAAGCAGGCCAUGUGGCCUCUGGUGGCUAAACGUUACUUUUGGUUUCAAUUUUUAGGGAGACUCCAAUCAAUAUUAGUCAAAAUAAUAAUUGAAUAAUAAUUUGAAGAAAAAAAUGCAGAUAGUAUUUUCAGCAACUAUUGAUAUUCAUUUCAAAGAAAAUUGAAAUAGGUUGUGUUGAAAUGUCGUUUUAAACAAUGUUUCGUAGUUGCCUAAAUUGCCAGUUCAUCACAAUUUCUUAUAAUGCUACAUAUUGUCUUUAACUUGGAUAUAAAGAUGUGAAAGUCCUGGUUUCUAUUCUUUUAUAUUUAUGUAAUGAACAAUACCCUUUCAGCCUAAUGAACUUCAAGAAAUUUGAUAAAAAUAUCAGGGAUUCACGCCAAGUAGUUAAUGUAUGAUUUUAUCUGAAACCAUUCCAAUUGACAGAUCAGCCAGUCUGGAUGUACAAGAACAUUAAUUGUAUUCACAAACAGGAUAUUUAUUUAUAAUAUCCUAUCAAUUGUAAAUUGUAUUGAGCAAUAAAAUAUUGGAACUUUGUAUCUUUUGAAUGUUAUGAAUUAAGAGUUCUUUUCUUUAUAAAUAUGAAUUUGAAUACUUCUUUCCAUAAUUUUUAUUGAUACAAAAGUACCUACAAGUUUUCGUUUCAUUUUGGAAUUUCACAAUUACCUAUAUUUUUUUUUUAUAGUAGCAGUAUAAAAAGACAGUAUGGAUGUAAUGUCUGCAUUAUUGACAUGACCUUUCUUCUGUUUUGAUAGAGAUGCAAUUGCUUGAAAAUUGUUCAGGUUAUGAUUCUGCUUGUAGUUAUGAAAGUGCAUCAGUAAAUUCCGGACUCAUGUUUUCAGUGACAAAGCUGGUCCUCUGCACAGUAUACCAAAGAGGAAAGUUCAAGUUAGGUUGUUAGUGUGACAGGGAGUAGGGUUAUAUUGUGAAUGAUCGAUUCAUUUUAGUAGAUACUAACGGAUAAAUGUGAACUUCAUGUUGUGCUAAUUAUUGUGUUUGUCUACGUAUACCCUGCUUUAGUUUUGUAUGUCGACAUAAAUACAUUAUUUUAUGUGCAUCAAAUUUCACGGGAAAUCUUUAGUGGUGGUUUCAAAAGCUUGUGUUGUCACGUACUAAGCUAGAACCAGUUGCCACAGUAAUUGUCUUGUUUCAUAGAUAUCAUUGUAUACAUUUUUUGUUUAAAUAAAAACCAGAUGUCGAAAAGAAAAUAGCAAUGUUCUGGAAACCAUUGAUGUCCUUAUUUAUUAAAUUGGAAUCCAGAGUUGGCUUUUGAUGUUCGAAACAUGUAGCUUCGUCAAACUUCAUAGCCCCGGUGAUCUAAGUAUACUUACUAGUAGGGGUUCAUAGCGAAUACUCAACCAGCAUAUUCACAUACCGUUAUUAUAGAUGCCAUCAUAAGAUCAUAAAACAUACAAUAUAUGUAGAUAUCCACCUUUAUCAUUAUGUAAGUUAAUGUUUAUAACCACUGUUGCAGUAGCAGAAUAACACCCAAAGGUUUAUGAAGAAAGACGAGCACCAUUUUAGGACAAAUAAGUGCUGAUCAAAAAACUUGACAAAAUUACAUGGCACUCCUUAAAAUAUGAAAAAUUUCAUAUAUCAAAAAAUAUUGAAACAUCUUGUUGCCCAUUCACAGUGGUGAACCUUUGAAUUUCUAAAUUGCUACCCUUGUGGUAUAUCAGUUUUGGAUGUUAAACUUUCUAUUAUUUAUAUCAUGUCUCUUUAAAGGACAUGUAGAAGAAGCCAAAUUUACAUCAGUGAACAUUUUUUCUCUAAUAUUUGGGUAGAACGUUCAGAAAUAGCUGUGCUUAUAGCGAAUCCUUGAGGCAGUAUUCAUGUAUCAUGAUGAUGGAGUUGUUUAUAAUUUUCUUUGGAAUUUCAAGAGCUAUCUUCACAGAGAAAGGUUGACGAGAAUCUUGCAUGUAUCUUAAUUAUGCCAAUACAUAUUAAGUGGCCAUAUACAACAGCACAAGUGGGUACAAGUAGAUGGAUAAAAAAAAUGUUGGUUAUAACUUGUUUUUACAUUAUCAAAUCAUGUAUUUAUUGUUCUUUGUCUUUUCUGCGUACUUAACCAUAUAUCCCACAUCAAUAAAAUGUAUGACUGUGACCUCCUUUACAGACAAUACACAAUACUUUUAUGUAUCUUUGACAAAUUUUCAUUUGUUUAGCAAAAACAUGCCCCGCAGGUAGAUGCGUGAUAAUUUUACAGAAAAAUCUAACGGAAAGUUUCUCACUAGUGUAGACUCUUCCAAUAAUUGCAUUUGAGACCUCUGUUCUUGCUGAAAGUUUCCAAUGACAAAAGUAGUGUAUCUUCCAAGUAGAUGUUUUUGCCUUGAACUAUCUUUAAGUGGAAAAUCAGCAUGUGAGAUCACGUUCCUGUUAAUAUGCUCAGUAGUACAAGAGAAGACGUCUUGAAUGCAGUCUACUACCUUCAUGUUCUUCAAAAGGAUCCUUUGUACCAUUGACUAAAGUAAGAGACAAUAGCACACAGAAUUGAGUUGUUUUAGUGUUCAGCUUAGAAAUGUGACAAAAAUGCAAAUGGCAUUAAUCAACUUGUCAUGCUUAUAGGAUGUACAUGUCAGUAGAUGCCACCCUGAAGUUACAGGAGUAGCAUUACUCAAACUAUGCUAGCCGUUUUAACCGAGAUUAUUAAUCAACAUUUAAGUUUUUUUUAAAUAUGAGCAGGAUCUGCUAUUCUCAUGUCAGAUAUUUGUAAAUGAUGUCUUCAAUAUUUGAGGGAAAAAUUGAUAAAAGAAUAAACUAGAUGCACCAACAA